GUUGUUCACUUUUAAAAAUUUAUGGAAACUCACUUCAAUAAUUUUAAAACAAAUUCACUUAAUUUUGAAAUAUUUAGUAAAAAAUCUGCAAUAUAAAAAGUAAAACUCUGCAACACUCUUUCAAGUGCAAUGAUACCGUAUGAUAUACGCUCUCUGAAUUAGUCUGCAACACCUUACAGCACUGCAAUUGAAUGAAUUUGUUUUGAUUAUUUAUUCUUGCAGCCUGCAGUACGCAAUUAAAGAUAUGGAAAAUGGUAGGAAAGAAGACAAAAUUUGCUUUGAUCAAAUUGAAAAAAUAAUGCAAGAUUUAGAUGCCACCAACACAGAAUCCAAUUCAUCAACUCCACAUGGCUUGGAUGUGCCACACAGACCCAUAAUUCUGCCACCUGAAAUCAAAGAGGAACCCAAAGACAAGGACACGGAAAUAAGCCCACAAAAUGAUGUUUGUAGCAAUAAUGAAAUAGUUGCAGUUCCAACGCAAAUUUCUGACAGUGACCCGAAAUAUUUAUCAAAUAUACAAGGACAACACACGCAUCAUGAAGUGCAAAUUAAGAAAGAGAGGGUUGAUGGCUGUGUUGAAGUGCCAGUUGAGCCACCUGAAACAGUUGAAGACAUAAAUGACAGUGAAACACAAAACGCAAUUCAAAAACCUGUAGAAGUACCAGCAAUACGAAUCAAACCUGAACCCGUAGAUGCAUCUUCACUGGCGACGGAAAAAAUUUCACUGCAAAACACAGCCACAACAGAUGCAUCGUCAGAAAAUGCCACUAAAAACAAAGGAGAAGAAGCACCAACCGAAACAAAUAUGGAUGAUUCAACUGCACCUAACAGCCCAAUUGGUAUGCCUGAAGUAGAUGGAGCAUUGCCCGAUAAUUUCUUUGAUGACCUUAUCAAAGAUGCUGAUAAUAUCACAGCAGCGGCUUUAGAGUCCAGCGCACCAAAUGCUUUUAUACAUGAAAAAGAACCCACAGAAAUGUUAGUUAAUGUAAAAAAAGAACCUGUGGAUACUACAACUAAUUUAGAAGAAACAGCAACUGCGGCUUUACAGUCCACCGAAGCGGUACAACAACAACCACAAGAUUCCACCGAACAAAAUAUUACUACACCAGAACAUCUUAAUGUAAAACAUGAACCAGUUGAUACAGCAGAUGUUCUAGAAGCCACAACAUCCGCACCGAUACCAGAAAACUUUUUUGACGAUUUAUUAGUUGACCAUGUCGCCGAACGCAUAGACGACGUAGUCAAUCAUGAUCUCGAAAUAAAAUACUCCGAACGUCUUAAGGAGCUGGAACAAUUGAAAGCCAAAGAGCAGGGCUCGCAUAAAGCACAUAAAAAACAUAAAAAGAAGAAAAAGAAAUCACAUAAACGUACGCACAGUGAAGUUAAUGAAGACGAAGAGGCGCUUAAUGCAAAUCACAAGCGUAGCAAGCACGCAUCGCGUAGUCACAGCAAAAGCCCACAAAGCAUGCCACAUGAUACGUGUAUACGCGUUAAAAGCGAAUUCUCUACUAGUGAAAAAAGUCGGCUUCCCGGUGGUACACUUUCCUCUAACCAUCAAAGACCUGACACAUUCAAUUUAGAUUCGGUUGAACCAGAAACUAGUGCGGCAGCCGCUAGACGUAUGAUACGCGUUAAAUCCGAAUUUGGCACAAACCAACCUGUUGCGGAAGAAUCAGAUGUCUGCUUACCAGUAAAAGAGAUUGAGCUUUUCCAAGGGCGUAGUAACAUCAAUAGAAACGGUCUGAUUGUGGACAUGACGGCACCGUUGGGUUUCAAGCGCAUUAAAAUGGAAAGUGAUGAAGAAAAAUUAGAAGCAGCAGAGUUUAUUUUACCAAAAGAUAAAAUGGAAUAUUCAAAACAACGAACAAUAUUAGCUAUCGAGGAGUUUAACAAGGCUAACAAAAAACCUAAAAACACGGCUUUUAUAUAUACGAGCACUGUGCGCAAACUACCUAAUAGUGAUUCCUAUAUCAGGCAGCAAAUAUACGAUAACCGUUCACCACUACACAACGUUAACAAUGUUUCCUAUAAGUUCAACUCCUACGCUAAUCACUUUAACCUACACGAUUGGGGUAUAGAAGCAAUUCCACCAAAAGCAAGUGAAGUAGCAAAAAUUUUAGGUUUUGAUAUACAUGCGUUGGCCAAAAAAAAAGAGACAUUUAUAUUACCGCCAGAGAUACAAAAAAUUACAAGGGAACAAGUAGAACAGACCGAAAAUCAAUUGACUGACACCCAAACGUCAUUUCUUCGCUCUUCGUCCACGCAAACCGACGAAGUCACCGUGUUGAAUGCAUCAGCGAAACAUCGUAAAAAUGGGCAUGAUAUAGCCGUACAAACUAUACCUCGAGGCAAUAAUAUCGGUACACAAACAACAGCUAUAUCGGCCCCGGGUAGCAACAACUACGAUGAUCUACCGCUAAUGCGGGAAAUAAGCACGUUGAAUGAAAAUCAACUAAUGGCUUUAAGUGAUUUUGCUGAUUUGAUACGCGAAACGUCGCUAGCAGCUGACGCAAGUGCCAUAGACUUAUAUCGUCUGCGUCAACGUAUGAUGGAUAUCUAUAAAUGCUCACAACUACCAUCUGAACUCGGACUAAAUACUCAGCAAUCAAGCAAAUAUAGUAUGCACGAUCCACAUCAAAAAAGAAUGAACUCGGUAGAGGAGUCGCCACCUCCGCCGCCACCAAGGUUCCUGCCACAGUAUGCGCAACCGUCCAUUCGAGCAAUAAUUAGUCAAAAUAUGCGAGACCCGCGGCAAGAAAGAAGGUUGGCAAUGCAGGAAACGCAACCGCAACCAUGGCCACACGCAGUUGUUCGGCCACCCUAUCAUCGUCCACUAGCACCGAUGAGACAGCAGACUACGCUGCCGAAACGUCAACGACUAGAACCUGCAGCAGAUAUGUCAUAUAAAAUUCCAGUUAUCGAAAAUGUGGCGUCACUACGUCAUAAUGGCCUACCACCAACGGAUCCACGACAGCAUACUUUUGACGGUGGUGCGAUGCGACGGUAAUGAUAUGCUGCGUUACCCAUUGCACACUAUAUAGCUUGACAAGCCUUUUGUUUAAGCAUAGCUACAAUUUUCCUCGCUUUGCUUGACAAUUCAUACUUAAACAAAGAAGUGAAGAAAGCAAAAGCUAUGUCAGAAUGAACGCUUUGCUUUCCAUGCUUGUCUCUAAUAAAAAUUGCGACUGUUGCUUGGCAAAGCGUAAUAUGUUGUAGAAUUGUCCAACAUUUUACUUCGAUUUCACACACAUCGAACUUACCCGUCAAAUCAAAUGUAUAAAGCAAAGCGAAGCAAAAGUAGUAUGUGAAUCAGCCAUAAGGCAUUUAUGUAUUGUAAAUAAACAGUUGUCCCUACAUGAAGCUACACGCUUAAUACAGUGCUGUAGUUGUUGUAGCGGAAGAAGACACUGCUCAGGAAAUUGGGAUGGUUAAAAAUCCAGGUUUAAAUCAGUUUGACAAAAUUGUGCUACCAAUCGGUUAGUGAGUAUCGUAUGUUUUAUUAAGGUAUGUUUAUAAAAAUCUAAAAAUAAAUGCAAUAAAACAAUGUUCUUGAAGUAAAUACAAACAUUUUGUUUUUGUACGAUUAUCAAUUACAUAUAUUUAAAUUAUAAAUCGUUUUUCAUUUUAUUUCGGGUUUGAAAUCGCCUUCAUUUUGUCGUAACGAAUUUUGAUUACAUAUAUAAUUUUUUACUUAAUGUUUUCCAUAUAUAUGUGUUUCUAUGUAAGUACUACGACUAAAUGAAUCGGAUGCAUAUUUAUUUGCCAUUGAUGCGGUGCAAGCUUACCCUAAUGUUUAAAAGAAAAUUGUAUUGUGCUGAUUGUGUGAACUACAAAGCAAUAAAAAAUCUCAUAAAAUGUAUUAA